GAUGAUGGCCAAAAUUGGACAUGAUGAAGCGCCACGAGACAAUGUCCUUAUAUUAUUUGAUAUUUUGAUCACAAAGUUUGCAACAGCCAAGAAGCAACCGAGAAACUGCGUGUUGUCUCCUUUUUCUUGGAAUCUUGUCAACAUGGAAAUCAGUGGUAGCAAGAAGAGAAAAUUAUCAUGCAUAGAAGAAGAUGAAGAGAAACAAGAAGAAGAGGAAGCCAAAAUUGAGACUUUUUUUGCUCUAGUGAGAAGCAUGCGUGAGACACGUGAUCGUUGGAAGAACAAAAUGAGCAGUGAAAAUGUUAAGGAAGAAAAUAGAGUUGUUUCUGUUUGGAAGCCUAUGUUUCAACUUGAAGAUUUUAUGGAAGAUCAGGAUGCUGAUCAGUGCCGAAACCGGAAGCAAAACCGGAAUCUUACGCUUGAUGGUGCUUCGACGAGCAAUGAUAUUAAUUGUGCUAAUAAUAAGGAAGAUGAUGGAGAAAAAGGUAUUGACUUGAAGCUCUCACUUUGAAACUGUUGCUGCACAUCCUCGUAGUUAUAGUUAUAGAUCUUAUGUUCUUGACUUCUUGUUGUAAAUUUGUAAGUUGUGAUGGAUUCCUUUCAUGUGAUGUCUUUAAUUGCCUAACUAUGUAUGGUUGCUGCCAAUUAUAUGGACAACCUGUAGAUUUCUAGUUUAAUCAUGGUUUAUAGAUGUAAUAUGCUAGUAUUAGUAACUAAGUAUUGCAUUCUCUAAUUAAAGAGUUUAGUGAAAA